CUCACCUGUAACAUUUUUGUUUUUCUCCGGAGAACUGGACAUACUCUUCUUCUUUCGCAAAUUCUAUGCCCAGUCCCGCAGGCAAAUAAAGAUCAUCAGACCAUGAAUUUUCGCUUCAUCAUCUCCCUCGCCCUCUUCUUCUUUCUCAAUUUUCUCAGCAAUCAUCACUGCUACACUACCGAAGCCGCACCAACUUAUCUACAGUAUGACUGCUCGAACACCACGCUCUACGCUCCCCACUCCACCUACCAAUCCAACCUCAAAACCCUACUCUCUUCCCUCUCCUCUGCCGCCACCAACAGCGGCGAGGGCUUCACUAAUACCACCGCUGGGAAGGACGCUCCCGGCCGUGCGUAUGGGCUCUUCCUCUGCCGCGGCGAUUUCAGCACUGCCACGUGCAGCGAGUGUGUGGCUACCGGAUCAAAGACAUCCUUCCGAUGCCCCGACAGGAGAAUCUCUGUGAUCUGGUACGACGAGUGCAUGUUGAAGUACUCAGACCAGUCCAUUUACUCGGUGAUGGAGAAUGAUCCUAUAUACAUGAUACCAGACACCGGGAACGUCGCCGGCCCAGAUCGGUUCGUGCAGCUGCUAGGAGAGACCAUGAACGACGUGGUGCUGAGGGCUUCGGGGAGAAUCGGGAAGAAGUUUGCUGUCGCAGAGGCGAACUUCACAAGCUCACAGAAGCUGUACACGCUUGCGCAGUGCACGCCGGACUUGACGGUGUCCGACUGUAACACAUGCCUCCGGGCUGCGGUCGCAGCUCUACCAGGGGAGCAAGGUGGAAGGUCGUUCACUUCAAGCUGCACGGUGAGGUUCGAGAUGUACCUCUUUUAUAAUGCCUUGGCAGUGCCACCACUGCCCCAGCUUCCUUCUCCUCCUCCUGCUCCGCUGAAUAGAGCCAAAGGCAAAAGCAAUAAAUCCACCAGGAUAAUUGUUGCCGUGGCCAUUCCGGUUGGCGUUGCUAUAAUAGUUCUCUUUGUUGCUUGUUAUUUGCCCCGGAGUAAAACAACAAAGACGUAUGAAGUCGUCCAUGCAGAAGGCGGUGCAAGUGAAAUUACAACUGCAGAGUCCUUGCAAUACCAUUUAGCUACUAUACAAGCUGCCACAAACAAUUUCUCUCAUCAAAACAAGUUGGGACAGGGUGGAUUUGGUGAAGUUUUCCGGGGUAGGCUUCUGAAUGGACAAGAAAUAGCUGUGAAGAGGCUAUCUAAAAGCUCAGGACAAGGUGUUGGAGAAUUCAAGAAUGAGGUUGCUUUGGUAGUUAAGCUGCAACAUCGAAACCUUGUGCGGCUACUCGGGUUUUGCUUAGAGGGAGAAGAGAAGAUACUUGUCUAUGAGUUUGUUCCAAACAAAAGUCUUGACUACUUUUUAUUUGAUCCUGAUAAGAGAAGGCAAUUAAAUUGGUCAAGACGUUAUAAGAUAAUAUCUGGAAUUGCUCGAGGAAUGCUCUAUCUGCAUGAAGAUUCUAGGCUACGCAUCAUUCAUCGUGACCUAAAACCAAGCAAUAUUUUGUUAGACAGUGAUAUGAACCCGAAGAUUUCAGAUUUUGGCAUGGCUAGGAUUUUCGGAGUUGAUCAAACUCGGGCAAAAACUAAUAGAAUCGUGGGGACCUUUGGUUACUUGUCUCCUGAGUAUGCAAUGCGUGGGCAAAUCUCAGCGAAGUCUGAUGUCUAUAGUUUCAGUGUCCUAAUCCUAGAAAUCAUUAGUGGCAAGAAGAAUAGUGGCUUCUCCCAAUCAGGGGGUGAAAAUCUUGCCAGCAAUGCGUGGAAGCAUUGGAGAGCCGGUACACCGCCCGAAGUGUUAGAUUCGUUCAUUGGCGACUCAUAUUCAAUCGAUGAAGUGCUUAGAUGCCUCCACAUUGGUUUACUGGGUGUUCAAGAAGAUCCAGCUGAUAGACCCACAAUGGCAAGCAUAGUCCUUAUGUUCAGCAGCCACUCUGUUAAGCUUCCACAGCCUCGAAGACCGGCCUUCUUCCUUCGAAGGAGCACAGAAAGACAGCUGAAAGAGCUCAGGUCGGACGAAUCCACCAGCGGGUCUAUGCCACGGUCGAUCAAUGAAAUGUCGGUUAGUGAAGUGCACCCUCGGUGAAUCGUGACAUGGGUGAAAGUCUCUUCAUGUUAGUCUCGCAGAGACCUUGAGAUCCUUGGCCUUCUACAGGGAUAAUUACUGAGCAAUCAACAAGCGCCUAUGCUUUUUGAAAAAAGACUGCUAGUUGCCAUGGGAUCAUGCGCAUGGUACAUAGUGGCUUCUCCUAUCAAGAACAAACACGACUAUACCGCAUUAUCAAGUUCCUCACUUGUGUAAAGGAUAUUUGCACUUUCCGCUAGAUGAGUGAAACGAUUACAAGAGUUGGUUUUGAAACCGAAUUCUGCCGCAUGUGGCACUUAUUCGUGAACGGUCUAGCAAUGCACUGCUAUCUAGCCAUAGUAAAGUCGAGGGCAUUCUUUA